AUGAUGCAGGAACUGGUGAAAAUGGAUUCUUAUGUGGUGCCCUCCCCGGGCAUCCGGACAAUGGAUACCGCGGACUCCGCCCAGACACCCUCGGUGCCGUACACACUAAUGUUUUCUGUGCGGGACUAUAAUAACCUAUCUGCCGACGACAUAGAUGCUGGCAGUUACAACACGCCUUCUUCUUACGUCCCUAGUGACAGCGACACACCAAUGUCCACCCCGGACACCCCCCUAACUCCACAUCUCCGACGGCAGCGCCCCAACCACUUCCUGUUUCCUGGAGACUCUGGAUUUAACCCUAACAUUUAUCCUAUAAGUGACGAAAAAAUAUCUCUCAGAAAUAACUGUUCGAGUAAAGCUAAAAAACGAACUUCAACUGCACCAAGCAAAGACAUUCUAAAGCGCAGACGACUCGCGGCCAACGCGCGGGAAAGGCGCCGGAUGGAGAGUCUGAACGUGGCCUUCGAUCGUCUGCGAGCCGUGAUUCCAUCCGCAGGAGAGGACCAGAAACUUUCAAAGUACGAGACUUUGCAAAUGGCGCAGAGUUAUAUUGGAGCUUUGCAAGAACUGCUUGAUAAAGAAUGAAGCGUGUUAUAUUCUAUAGAAUUCUUAUUAAUGUGUUCUGGCAGACUCAAAACGCUGUUGAAGGCCGCAGUCGUGUGUUCUUGAAUGUACAUCACCGUAUAAGUGAUAAGCGAGGAACGCUAAAGAGGAAGGAAGACGUUUUAUAUUUAAAACCAGGGGGGUUUAAAGCCCGAGCAUUCUAGCAAAUCUACUAUACCUGCACGUCCAGAGAAGAGGAGAUCUAUUUCUCCUGGUAUACAUGUACACUCAUUGUAUGUGACGCGAUCUCGCCAUGCAAUCGUCACUAAUUUAACGGAAAUAACACAAUCCGGAACUGCUGUUUUUGACGAGUACUUAUUGUUUGUAUACAUAUUUUUUACGCAUGUCCAGAUUCUCUGUUUCUUACCGUGCUUUUUAUGCAAAUCGUACAUUAUGCCUUUAUGCAAUGUGUACUAAUGUUAUUGUUAUAAGUCAACUACUAGUAGUGCCUUACUUUAUACAUUCCACUUUCGUGCAGCUUUUUUGUGGUAUGUUGAGCAAUGUAUUAUGAAUAUAUUUUUGUACAUUUCAUCAAAUUUUAUAUUUUUUACAAAUUAAAAAAUAUAUACACUAAUGCUA